ACUAGGUUAACCAGGGUUAAAAUAAAGGUAAACUAGCCACACAUGUGGUUAUAUAUCUUCGCUAUAUUGGACUGUCUGCCUUAUUCUUCGAGGCCUACGCGCAAUCUUGUGAAGUCUUUUCAGUAACAGGGCCUCUGAUUUCUGGAAACCUCAUCAGCUGGGCAGGAUGGGUCUUACAUUUACGAAGCUUUUUCAACGGUUAUUUGCCAAGAAGGAGAUGCGCAUUCUGAUGGUUGGUCUUGAUGCCGCUGGUAAGACCACCAUAUUGUACAAGUUGAAACUCGGUGAAAUUGUCACUACCAUUCCUACUAUCGGUUUCAACGUUGAGACUGUGGAGUACAAGAAUAUUAGCUUCACAGUGUGGGAUGUUGGGGGCCAAGACAAGAUCCGUCCACUAUGGAGACACUACUUCCAGAAUACUCAGGGUCUUAUUUUCGUGGUUGAUAGUAAUGACAGAGACCGUGUUGUUGAAGCCAGAGAUGAACUGCACAGGAUGCUGAAUGAGGAUGAGUUGCGAGAUGCUGUUCUUCUAGUUUUUGCAAACAAACAGGAUCUUCCCAAUGCAAUGAAUGCGGCAGAGAUAACUGACAAGCUUGGUCUGCAUUCCUUGCGUCAGCGCCAUUGGUACAUUCAGAGCACUUGCGCUACUUCUGGUGAAGGCCUGUAUGAAGGCUUGGAUUGGCUGUCCAACAACAUUGCAAAUAAGGCUUGAUUUGGUACAAUUUUAUGAAGGCCAUAUGCAUUUCAGAAUGUGUUGAAGGCUUUUAGAGAUGUAACAGAUAUUUUUAACAAGCUCUCCUAGUGAAGUAGAUAUUAGCUUGGACGAGGCGGAUCAAUUUCUUUGUGAACUGAUCCUUCGUUUACUUUAUUGUUUUGUUUGAAAUUUUGCACUAUUAUGAUUGUUUUGUAAUCAAGUACUAUGAUUUUUUUAACAGCCUCUGUUGAUUAAAGUCCACAUUUCCUUUGUUCA